AUGUCCGCCUUUGCACCCGAAGACCCUGACGUUCACGAUUACUCCAACACCGAAGCUGACCCCGUGAUUUCUACCCCUCCGAUCCCUCAAGAACAAACAAUGGACGCCGAUACAGACGCCUCGCACGGUCGAGGCCACUCGAACAAUCCUCUCUUGGGCGACAACCCUCUCGUAUCAGAUCUGGAGCAGGAGGUACUGGAUGAAUAUGCUCGCUUGCUGCGGAAUGUGAAUCAGCUCUCAGACAAACUCUCAGACCUUGCUGGUUCCCCCGCCUCCAUGCCGCUCGAUGGCCUCCGUCUUCUUGAGCGCAAGACUGCUACUGUUUGCACUUUGCUGAAGGCUAGUGUGUACAGCAUUGUGCUUCAACAACAGAUCUGGAACGAAAAUGAAGAGCAGCAGCAACAACAGCAAAAUGAGGACCAGCAUUUCCAGGACCAAGAGUAUCAAUAUGGAGGUUAUGACGGGGAAGGAGAGAUGACGUUCCAAUAA